AUAAUGUCCGUGUCCCAUUUCUUUCUUGAACUAGAGCAAUCACACUCAUAUCUUCCCGUGGCCUCCCGAACUGCCGCCGGCGAUCGCCAUAGCCUGCAGUGAGCCGCCGCCGUCGUCCAACAUGAAAUCCGCACCAGCCGCUCCCACCACCAUAUGCGGCCUCGGAGACGACCUUCUGUGCGAGGUGUUCCUCCGCCUGCCCUCCCUCCCGAGCCUCGUCCGAGCAGCCCUCACCUGCCCCGCCUUCCUCCGAGCCGUCCGCUCGUCCCCCUCGUUCCGCCGCCGCUUCCGCGACCUCCACCCGGCCCCGCUCCUGGGCGUCUUCCUCGACAUCUACGACUCCGCCAUGCCCGCCUUCGUGCCUAACCGCCACUGGUCCGAUCCAGACCACACCGCCGCCGUCCGCGGCGCCGACGUCUUCCUCACCCGCGUCCCCGACGUUGAAGACGAAGGGUCCGACGACCCGGACCAUGCCGCUGCCGUCCGCGGCGCCGACGUUUCCCUCACACGUGUACACGAAGACGAAAGCGAAGGCGGCGACGGCGACGGCGACGAAGAAAGUGAAUUCGAAGGCGGAUACAAAAGCCCCGGGUGGUCGAUGACCUCGUGCCGCGACGGGUACGUGGUUCUCGUCAGCCGGAGCACCAAGCGGGCGGCCGUCUACGACCCGCUCACACGGCGCCUGCAUCUCCUCCGCGCGCCGCCCGUUGAGACCCGCGAAGACGCCGAACCUGAGUUCGUCGUGGUCACCCCCGAAGAGGACCCCCGGUCGUUCCGCGUCGUGUGCAUCUCCAAGGAAAUGAGGGCAGCGCAGGUCGCCGUCUUCUCGCCGGGCAGCAUGGAGUGGCAGAUCUUCCCGAAGGUGGGGAACCUGAAGCAGUUCCUUGUAUACAAUGACCCAAUUGUGAAUGGCACGCUGGUGAAUGGGUCAGUUUAUUGGGCAUGCUCAAGCGGAAGUGAUCUCCACGUGCUGAACACCGCAACACUGCACUUCUCCCAGAUCGAUCUGCCGCCGCUUAAUGAUGUGUGGGAUUGGGGACAGACUUUCAAGAUCGUUGGUGAGAGCAGCGAUGGGAAGCCCUGCGUGGCCCGGCUAGCUGAUCUCACCCUUGAAGUUUGGGUCCGGAGAGCCGCCGCCGACGGUGCCGACAGAUGGAUGCUGGACACCACAUUUCCGGUGCCGCAUGCGAAUGGUAAGCUCAAAUUACAGAACGUGGAUGAAGGCUCUAUAGAGGUUGCCGCUAUCAUCAGUGGCACUGUGUAUCUGUCCUUGGACCAACGAUCCUAUGGUGGAGGAGAUUCUACCUGGCUGCUAUCCUUCUGCACUGAAACAGAGGAGCUGAAGAAGGUCUGCCCUAUCACUUACUCUGUUGAUAAAUCUUGCUACCCCUACGUCAUGGCAUGGCCUCCUGUUCUGGUAGGCCGUAAGGUGAACUCUGGACUCGAAGGGGCUUUGACUAAGAGGAAUAAAGAUUAGAACUCGGGCGAUUUUAUCACCGGAGAGUGAAAGGCUCCGUCGCUCAGAGCUGCUGGGGUUGCUGCAGAUUGCACCUACGAAGUGCUAUACUAGAGACUUGGAGCUGCUGUUCUUUAGCACCUCCUAGUUGGCUAGUUACAAUAAUGGGUACUGCUAUUUGCGCAAUUGCGCUUA